CCAAAGAGCUAGCUCAAUCAACCAAUCUCACACAAACACGCCCUGUUUUCCUAGUCUCACAUUCAUAAAGAUGUCCGGGGUUUGGGUGUUCAAGAACGGGGUCGUCCGGCUUGUGGAGAACCCGGGGGGCGAGGUGUCCGGCGGCAUCGGGCGGCGGAAGGUGCUGGUCCACACCCCGACGAACGAGGCGAUCACGUCGUAUGCUGACCUCGAGAGGAAGCUGUCCUCGCUCGGUUGGGAGAGGUACUACGACGACCCGGAGCUCCUCCAGUUCCACAAGAGGUCCACCGUCCACCUCAUCUCGCUCCCCAAGGACUUCAACAAGUUCAAGCCCAUGCACAUGUACGACAUCGUCGUCAAGAACCGCAACAUUUUUGAAGUCCGGGACGUGUGACUCACAUCCACCCUGGCCAUGGCCGGGGGUCGGAGCAGCGUCGCAUGAUUCCUUGGGUCUAUAGAAGUUAGUCUCGCUCGGGGUCUAUUGUUGUCUUCGUUUGCUCUAAAAAGAUCGCUCUUUGAGCGGUCCUUGGUGGGGAUUUUGCAAAAGGGGAGGGUUACUGCUUAGGAUAGAGAAGAACUUGGCUGAGUUAGUGGGUGUGCGUCAUGGUUCUGUGUAAAUUGUGUUUUUGUGAUUAUCUGGCAAUGAAUUGUGUGU